AUGGAGAGUUCGAAAGCUAUGGAAGGGUAUCCAGCAGGAUAUUUAGCUGAUUGCCCAGGUUCAACCAAAGAAGCAAUUAUAAGCAACAAUACACUUAAAUAUCUUUCAAUAUACGUCCAAGGUAAUAAUAGUUCAAUUCGCAGAAGAUACAGCUACCACGAGACCAGUUACCUUGCUAAGGAUCCAGACUUAGACUUUAAGAAGAGGACUAUGUUAUACGUGGGAGGUUACUUGGAUAGUCCGAGCUUUCCAUAUGCGACGCGUAUGGGCGAUGCGUACAAAAAUAUUGGAUACAACGUUCUUUUAUUGGAUACGAAUUAUUUUACUACAAUGGAAUAUUCUAGAGCCGCGCGAUUUAUGCGUCCUGUUGGCAAGCACACAGCUAAAAUGUUAGCCGAUCUCACUCGAGACGGACUGGAUCCAGCUAUGCUCGAAUUAGUCAGCAUUAGCCUCGGCGGUCAAACUUCUGGUUUCAUAGCCAAGAACUUUAGACAUCUAACCGGAAUGAACAUUUCAAGAAUAACGGCCUUAGAUCCCGCUGGACCUUGCUUCCGAAACCUCGGCCCAGCUGAUAGGCUUGAUAAAACUGACGCAGAUUUCGUUGAAGUGCUUCAAACAAAUGUUGAUGAUUUUGGUAUGGCGGCACCUAUUGGUCAUAUUAAUUACUACGUUAAUGGCGGGGAGCAUCAACCAGGAGAUUUCUUUUGGAUGUUGUGUACGGCCUUUUGUAGUCAUGUCAGAGCUCAUGCGCUGUGGAUAGCAGCUUUGACAUAUCGUGACGCGUUUGUCGCAAUACAGUGCGACUCCGUACAACAGGCGAGAUACAAACAAUGCUACGACAGAGUACCUCAAGUUACUAAUUAUUUAGGACUAAAAGCGGACAAGAAUGUUCAAGGUAUAUUCUACUUGGCGACGACGAAUACCUAUCCAUAUUUUAUGGGCAAGAAAGGUUUGAAAAAAGAAUACGAUUUUUUUACAAAUAUUACAAGUUCAGUUAAUAAAAGCAAGUUAUUAAAAAUAUAA